CUCCUCCUGCGCCCGCCCGCCCGCCCGCCCUCCAUCCCUCCCUCCCUCCCUCCCGCACGGCAGCCGCGCUCGCCCAGCGGACGGGGUGUAAGGCAGCGACGUCGGCAGGAGCAUGGCCCGUACCAAGCAGACCGCCCGCAAGUCCACCGGCGGCAAGGCGCCCCGCAAGCAGCUCGCCACCAAAGCCGCCCGCAAGAGCGCGCCCUCCACUGGCGGGGUGAAGAAGCCGCACCGCUACAGGCCGGGUACUGUGGCCCUGCGUGAAAUCAGGCGCUAUCAAAAGUCCACCGAACUUUUGAUCCGCAAACUCCCCUUCCAGCGUCUGGUGCGUGAAAUUGCUCAGGACUUCAAGACAGAUCUGCGCUUCCAGAGCGCUGCCAUCGGUGCUUUGCAGGAGGCAAGUGAAGCCUACUUGGUUGGCCUGUUUGAAGACACCAACCUGUGUGCUAUCCAUGCCAAACGUGUCACAAUCAUGCCAAAAGAUAUCCAGCUAGCACGCCGCAUACGUGGGGAGCGUGCCUAAACCUCACCACGAUGGGUUUGUCAUUCUCGAAGCAAAAUCUUCUUCCUGUUAUUGGUAGUAAUGAACGUUAGAUAUUUUUUCCAUGGGGUUAAAAGGUACCUUAAGUAUAUGGUUGCAAGUGGAAAAAUAGGGGACAGAAUUGGGUAUUGGCAAGUUUUCUUUCCAUUUUCAUUUGUGUGUGGAUUUUUAAUAUAAACAAGGGGACAUAAAAACAAUCAAUGUGGUCAAAAAAAUAAAAAAAUGAAUUGUUGAAACUUCUUCACCAAAACAACUUUAUAAAAAAAAUUAUAAAUAAACCUGUCAAAUUUUUCUGGACAAUGCCAGCAUUUGGAUUUUUUUAAACAAGUAAAUUUCUUAUCAAUGGCAACUAAAUGGUGUUUGUAGCAUUUUUAUCAUACAGUAGAUUCCAUCCAUUCACUAUACUUUUCUAACUGAGUUGUCCUACAUGCAAGUACAUGUUUUUAAUGUUGUCUGUCUUCUGUGCUGUUCCUGUAAGUUUGCUAUUAAAAUACAUUAAAUGA